GCUGCCGAGUAGCUACGGAGUAUUCCGUACUCCCGUACGUGUUCAGAAGUCAAGCAACGGCGAGCUCUCCUUGGGCUUUAGCAUCCGGCAUUGUAAUCCACCGAGCUGCCAUGAAAGUGUAGCUGCUUUGUUCUCGUCUCUCGUUUGCUUUAAGUUUUCGCCACGCGCAACCAUGGCGCGGGGACGCCAAUUGAGCGCUUCGCUCGCCUUGUCGUGGUUCAAUGCUCUCCUCCUUCUGGCAGGGCUGGCCAUCACAGCCUCGGCCGCGGCGACAACAUCCCCCGACAAUGGCGAAUCCAUCCUGCACAGCGAAAUUGGCCGCCAAAACAACCACAGCCUGCUAUGGGGCCCCUACCGCCCCAACCUCUACUUUGGCGUGCGCCCCAGGAUACCCAAGAGCCUGAUGACCGGCUUGAUGUGGGGCAAGAUCGAGACGUACACCGACUUCCAGAACACGGUGCGGUACACAUGCGAGCAAAACGAGGGCAUGAAGGGCUACGGCUGGGAGGAAUAUGACCCCAGGAGAGGCGGCGUGCAGUCCAUCCACGACACCGGAAACGGCAUUGACAUCACCACCUCCUUCGUCAAGGUUCCCGGCGGCGCUCACGGCGGCAACUGGGCGGCGCGGAUCAAGGGGACGCUCCACGACGAUGCGCCCAAAGACCGGAAGACGAUUGUGGUCUUCUACGUCACGCAGGAGGGCGACAACUCGGAGCUGCAGGCCUUGGAAGGCGAGGAUGACAAGGGUUACAAGGGCGACGUCACGCUCAAGGGGCAUUCUGAGGCGCUAGGAAACUACAAGCUUGUGGUCACCAAGGGGUCGGGUGUUCAGCCGCAGAGCGACCACGACCUCUCAAACCUCCGAGGCCCCGGCCAGACCGUCGUCCAGUCCCUGAACUACCCGGAGGAGCAUCUCUGGCAAGCGAAGCCCAUCCUAUUCCGGCAGCUCAAGGAGGGCGUUGACUGGCUGGUGGAGAACAAGUACGACGUCGCCGAGCCCCCGCCGCCCUGGCAGGUGUACCAGCUGGUCAACCGGCCCGGCUCCGGAAAUGUCCAGAUUGUGCAAAAGGUCUUUGAGGGCGACUUCGAGUUCGAUGUCAUCUUCUCUAGCGAGUCCGCCGGCAAGGAACUCACGAGCGCCGACUUGACACGGGAGAUCAAGGAGACGACCGAGUCCUUUUGCGAGCGCUUCGCCAGCGUGUUUGCCCCGAAGGCGCCGUUCAACGCGGAGAAGUUCAAGAGGUUUGGCCGGAGCAUGUUCUCGAACCUGGUUGGAGGUAUCGGCUACUUUUACGGGGAGGCCGUGGUGGACCGCUCGUAUGCGCCCGAGUACGACGAGGAAAACGAAGGCUUCUGGGAAGACGCCGCCGAAGCCCGGGCCCGCAACCGACAGGCGUUGGAGGGGCCAUACGAGCUCUUUACUAGCAUCCCGUCCCGCCCCUUCUUCCCCAGGGGUUUCUUAUGGGACGAGGGCUUCCACCUUCUUCCCGUCGCCGACUGGGAUAUCGACCUCAGUAUGGAAAUAGUCAGGAGCUGGUUCAACCUGAUGGACGACGACGGCUGGAUCGCUCGGGAGCAGAUUCUCGGCGCCGAGGCCCGCAGCAAGGUACCGGGGGAGUUCCAGACCCAGUACCCGCACUACGCCAACCCCCCAACCCUCUUCUUCGUGCUUGACGCCUUCGUCGAGAAGCUCCGCAAGACGAACGGCAGCCUGCCAGCCGACAGGCAACGCCUCACACAAGACGAGUCCCUGGCCACCGCCUCCCUCGACAACCCCGAGAUCGGCCUGGAGCAUCUCCGCCGCCUGUACCCGCUCCUCCAGCGGCAGUUCGACUGGUUCCGCCGGACCCAAGCGGGCGACAUCGCAUCCUACGACCGCGAGGCCUUCUCCACCAAGGAAGCCUAUCGCUGGCGCGGCCGCACCGUCACGCACUGCCUGACCAGCGGCCUCGACGACUACCCGCGCCCGCAACCCCCGCACCCGGGCGAGCUGCACGUCGACCUGCUGUCAUGGGUCGGCGUGAUGGCCAAGUCACUGGCCAACAUCGCCGACGUGCUCGGCCUGGCCGGAGACGCGGAGCGCUACAGGAAGAUCCUGGACGCCAUCGAGCACAACCUGGACGACCUGCACUGGUCCGAGAAGGACGGCUGCUACUGCGACGCGACCAUCGACGAUUUCGAGGAGAACAAGCUCGUCUGCCACAAGGGCUACCUCUCGCUGUUCCCCUUCCUCGCGGGCCUGCUCCGCGCCGACAGCCCCCGGCUCGGCAAGCUGCUCGCGCUGAUCGGCGACGAGGAGGAGCUGUGGAGUCCGCACGGCCUGCGCAGUUUGAGCAAGCGAGACGAGUUCUACGGCGCCGGCGAGAACUACUGGCGCGGUCCGGUCUGGAUCAACAUGAACUACCUCGCCAUUGUGCAGCUCUACAACGUGGCAACGCAAGACGGCCCACACAAGGAGACGGCGCGCGACCUGUACUCGCGUCUGCGGCGCAACGUUGUCGACACGGUGUUCAAGAGCUGGGAGGAGACGGGCUUCGCGUGGGAGCAGUACAACCCGGAGACGGGCAAGGGCCAGCGCACGCAGCACUUCACUGGCUGGACCAGUCUGGUGGUGAAGAUCAUGGCCAUGGAGGACCUGGAGGGAGGGCAUGUGCGGGAUGAGCUAUAGAUAGGUGUGUAAGCAGGACGUUUUGGACAAUUGAAAUGGUACCUUAUAUAACCAUGCAACCAUGCACGCCGGGG